CGGCGCCCGCACACACACUCCUUUGACUUGCACCCUUUCCUCCUCACUGCUUUGGUCUUCAAACGGCUUACGCCCCAAUCUCUAGUUUACAUCACCUCCUCCCCAGACCACCGCUCUCCCCUGUGUUCCCCUAUUAGGCAACUCCACCGCAUAAGCUGUUUCAGUUCCCCUACGCCAUGGCCACUGCCGUUGCUGUCCCCCUCUCUGCAAUUAACGGUGAGCUUGGCGGGGUGCUCCCUCCUAGUGCUGUGGUGCAGCACUCCCCUCGCCAUGGCCGCAGCCGGGCCAUGAGCGUGAAGGGUAAGGGAGGCCGGCAACGCGGCUAUAGCGUCGUUGAGGAGCGCGACGUUGCCAUCGCCAAGGCACUCAUGUUUGUGGUGAAGCGAGCAGUGCAGAAGGAGGAUGUGGAGGAAGCUGAUGACGGGGAGCAUCUCGUGGCCGACCCGGAGGGCUGGGUCAGCGUUGCCGACGUGCUCGCACAUCCUCGGAUCUCCGCCUUGGGCAGCACUUUCGAGGACAUCCAACGAGUCGUAGCGGCUGCGACCAAGCCCCGGUUCGAUCUUCGUCAGACAGCCAAGGCAGGCGGCACGCCGGACGAGCCGUCUUCCUGGCAAAUCUCCCGGAUCACAAACCGGGAGACCGCGGCAUCGCCCGUGCCGGUUGGCGGCAGGCUCACCGCGGAGUCGCAGGACCUUCCCGACUUUGUCAUCUACGAGACUUCGUAUCAGCGAUACCCCCUGCUCCUGGCCUUGGGCGCCAUCACCCGAGCCCCCGGGGGAAGCGAGUAUCGGACAUUCGUGCCCGUGACGGUGGGUCAGGACGGCACCGAUUCACGCCUGACCCCGGGGGCCGGCGAAGCGGCCGAGGUCAGCAUUUGGAUCCAUCUGCCUUCGGCCCUGCAGGCGGAGCCGGGCAUUACGUGGCAACGUAGCGACAGCGGCAUGGUCAUCACAGCCGACGACAUACCGAAGAGUCUCUGGAAGAAAGCCGUCGCCCGCCGGCCCGACAUCGGUACUCUGUUUGAGGAUGGCGAGGUCCGCAAAGAGGUCCCCUCCAACCUGCGUGGCAAGGGAGCCAAGGGCAAAGCUCGGAAGGGCAAGGGCACCCUGAAGCGCGAGGGCAGCGAAGACGAGUCGGGCAGCGCCAGCGAGGAGUAGGCGUUGCAUAUCCGGCUCUGGCCUUCGUUUCUCCGAGUCUUGCGAACAGCGUGAUGUUCGAGAGCAUAGCUAGACCUUCGGAACUGACCAGAGACACUCUGCCGCCUCUGGUCUCCUAGUCCGAUGUUUUUUAGAUAAUCUAGAGGCAGGCUCAAGCUGAGCCUGUUGAUGUUAAUCAUGCUCC